AUGGCGGCGGCGGCGGGGGGCGGGGCCCGGGAGGAGGAGGAGGAGCGGGAGGUGGUGCGGGUCCGGGUCAAGAAGCGCGAGGGGUUCCUGCAGCCUGAGUUCCGCACCUUUGCCGUCGAUCCCCAGAUCACCUCGCUGGAUGUCCUACAGCACAUCCUCAUCCGCGCCUUCGACCUCAACGGGAAGAAGAACUUUGGGAUCAGCUACCUGGGCCAGGAGAAGCAGGGCCAGGAGACGUACCUGUCGCUGCUGUCGGACUGGGACCUGGCCACGGCCUUCGCCAGCGCCUCCAAGCCCUACCUGCAGCUCCUCGUAGACAUCAAGCCUUCGGAAGACAGCCCCCUGCUGGAGGACUGGGACAUCAUCAGCCCCAAAGAUGUCAUCAGCACUGAUCUGCUCCUGGUGGAGAAGCGGUCCCUGGCGGCGGCCGCCCUGCCUUUCACCCAGUCCAUCAUCUCCCAGGUGGGCCGGACGCUGUCGAAGGUCCAGCAGGCUCUGAGCUGGUCCUACGGGGAGGACGUGAAGCCGUUCAAACCACCGCUGAGCGACUCCGAGUUCCACACCUACCUGAACCACGAGGGGCAGCUGAACCGGCCCGAGGAGCUGCGGCUACGCAUCUACCACGGCGGCGUGGAGCCCUCGCUGCGGAAAGUGGUGUGGCGCUACCUGCUGAACGUCUACCCGGACGGGCUGACGGGCCAGGAGCGCAUGAACUACAUGAAGCGCAAGACGCGGGAGUACGACCAGCUAAAGGGCCAGUGGGCGGAGCGGGCCAGCCCCGAAGACCUGGACUUCAUCCGCAGCAACGUCCUCAAGGACGUUCUCCGCACGGACCGCACCCACCCCUACUACGCUGGCUCGGAGGACAACCCGCACCUGACCGCCCUUCACGACCUGCUGACCACCUACGCCGUCACCCACCCGCAGAUUUCCUACUGCCAGGGCAUGAGCGACAUCGCCUCGCCCAUCCUGGCUGUCAUGGACAACGAGGCCCACGCCUUCAUCUGCUUCUGCGGCAUCAUGAAGCGCCUGGAAGGCAACUUCCAGGUGGACGGCGAGGUGAUGUCCCUCAAGUUCUCCCACCUCAAGCUCCUCCUCCAGUACUCGGAUCCUGAGUUCUACGCCUACCUCCUCUCCCGGGGUGCCGACGACUUCUUCUUCUGCUACCGCUGGCUGCUGCUGGAGCUGAAACGGGAGUUUGCCUUUGAGGACGCCUUGCGGAUGCUGGAGAUAACCUGGAGCUCCUUGCCACCGGAUCCUCCGGAGAAGGAGGUGGAGCUGGUGGGGCCGCCGGCCAGGCUUAGUGAGAGCGGCCAGCCUGUCCGCCAACGCCACAUGCUGCGGCCCACCUGUAGCUUCGAUGCGACUGGGGACCGGCCUUGCUUGGAGGAGCCCGGAGCCCGGCCUUGCCUGGAGCAGAAGACCUUAUUGAAGCAAUCCAGCUUUGGGGAAUUCAAGUACUACAGCGCUCGUGAGGACAGCUCCGAGGAAGAGCCUUCCCUGAGAUCCCAGCGCUCCAUGGAGGAAGAGGAGGACUUCUGCAGCGAGCAGGACCCCUUGCUCCAGCUCCCGGCCAUGACCAAGUCUUUCUCCGCCCCGUCCCUCCGGCCCCUGACCCCGCCCACGCCCUCCCGAGACUCCCCCUCCUCCCCCUCCCCCCUCUCUGGCAGCGAGAAGAACGAGAGCCUGCCGGAGGAGAAGGGAGAUUUGGCAGGUGACACGCCAUCCUCCCCACCCAGCAGCCCCCUCCCCACCGCCCCCUCCCCAGCCACGGUGAGCUUGCCUCCGCCGCAGGAGUUCGGCAAAGGCAACCCCUUCAUGCUCUUCCUCUGCCUGGCCAUCCUGCUGGAGCACCGGGACCACAUCAUGAAGAACAACAUGGACUACAACGAGCUGGCCAUGCACUUCGACCGCCUGGUGCGCCGGCACAAUCUGGCCAAGGUGCUGCACCGGGCCAAAGCCCUCUUCGCCGACUACCUGCAGUCCGAGGUCUGGGACUCCGAGGAGGGGGACGAGGCGGCCGCAGAGUCCCCAGCCGUCUCAUGACCCC